UCAUUUGCUUUUAGAAUCUUAAAGCAGGUAACAGAAGCAACAGACAAUCAUUUACCUAUUUGGGCAAUUUUAGUCGCUGGCUCUAAUGAAUGGGAUAACUAUCGCCAUCAGGCCGAUUUGUGUAGGGCUUAUCAUUUAUUAAAAGACCAUGGAGUCAGACCUGAGAACAUCAUAACAAUGAUGUUUGAUGAUAUAGCAAAUAACACGAAUAAUCCAUAUCCAGGCAAGAUUUUUAAUGAACCAAAUGGACCUGAUGUCUAUGCUGGUGUGCCUAUUGAUUAUAAAGGUAAAGAUGUGAAUCCAGCGAAUUUUCUGGCUAUCAUAACAGGCAAUAAAAGUGCUGUGAGUGGUGGAAAUGGUCGUGUUUUAGAAAGCAAUGCGACUGAAAAUGUUUUCAUUAAUUUCGUAGAUCAUGGAUCCACAGGAUUAAUUGCAUUUCCUCAUGGCAUUACUGCUAAAGAUUUGAAUAAUGCUCUAAAGGAAAUGUUUGAUAACCAAAUGUAUCGCAAUCUCGUUUUUUAUAUGGAGGCUUGUGAAAGUGGAUCAAUGUUCGAAAAUAUACUACAAAAUGAUACGAAUGUAUAUGUCGUAACAGCUGCAAAUGCGAGUGAAAGUUCAUAUGCUUAUUAUUGCGACAAUAAUAUGGAUUUGCCAUGUUUAGGCGAUCUUUUUUCCGUUAUGUGGAUGGAAGAUACUGAGACCUCGCUAUAUCAACAAUUUAAAAUAGUAAAAAAGGAAACAAAUUUAAGCCAUGUAAUGCAUUAUGGAGACCAAAAAAUUUCUCAAGAACCGGUAGGGGAAUAUCAAGGAUGGAUGAAUCCACAUCAACUAAGGAAAAAAAAAGUUAGAAUCGUUCAGUUUUUCAUAAAGCGUUUGUAUCUGAAUCAAUUCAUGAAUGAUUUCAUAUUGACAUUGGAUUCAAGUAGUGCUGACCGUUUGCUGAAAAAAAAUUCUUUCCCGAUUAUCGAUUUCGAUUGUCACGAUACUGUUGUGAAAGCUUUCCAUGAGUACUGCUUCAACUUCGGUGCUGUAAGUUCUCAUUUACAAUUGUAUAAUUGUAUAAUUUGUAUAAUUGUAUAA